GCUGAGAACUUUGGAAAUGGGCCAUUUCUCCUUCUCUUCUGCAAGAAGAAAUUGAAGAAGACCUAAAAGAGCAGAGGUUUAAAGUUAACAUCCAGAAUGAAUGAUGGUAGUUUGGGUGAUAAGACAGAAGAUGAACCACGAUCCCAGCUUACCAGUGAGGAAAGUGUAACUACAGAUGUGUACAGCCAGCGGUCGCCUUCUCUGCAGCAAUCCCCAAGCAACCAUGUGACCUGGGGUUGUACCAGCAUGGAUGACAUGGUGGUAGACUGUGAAACCAGUCCUGCUGUGGACAGUGGUGAAAAUCAUUCUCUCCGCCAUCAGUGUGCUGAAAUACUUGAUCACCCCAAAUCCUCACGUGAUUUCAUGAGGAAUCAGAUGUCACAGAGGCGUGAGGUUUCCAUGUGUCCGUCUUCUGUCCUGGGGAACACAGGAGCUCCCCAGUACCUGCAUGACAGCUGUCACCCCCUGGAAGCAGUUCAGGACAGUGUUGAGUCCUCACCACCCUCUGUGUGGAAGUCUAACUGUGACAUGAAUUGUACAGACUGCUCUGCCCUCUUGGAGCUAAACCAGACAUUUGACCUUCAAGUGGAAAAGACUAACUGCACCUUUGUAACUCAUCAUGCCAUUGAAAAUCCUCAGUCUUUGCACACCCCUGGAAGCCUGCAGCAGACCAGAAGGGGAAGUGGAGGUACAUCUUCAUUCUCUUCAACUUGGACAUCUUCCCAAUCUGAUAGGUUGCAUGUGAGAGAAGCUAGUUAUGAAAAAAAAGUCUUGGCAAACACUCAAGCUGAACCACUACCGACCCAAGACGCGGCAUACGUGUUCUCUGAUGUGCUGAUGCAAACUGAGGCUGUGGUUCCAGAAUUUGGAAAUGGGUGUCAGUAUUCUUCAGGAAUGGUCACCAGUGAGUACACAGUUGGAUCACAGCAUCAGCUCUCUGCAGAAAAAGAGAUACACACUGUAGCACCAGCCUCCGAUGGCACACAAGUCCCCAGCGGGUCUGUACUACCGGAGUGUUUUUGUGUACCUAAAAAGGAGCCAAAUGGUGAGAUACAUUCAGUGAGCUCAUAUGGGCAGAAGGAAAUGGACCAAACUCUAAGAGAAACAGUGUCUAAUUGUUGCAUUGAUUAUGAGUGCCCUGUCCUGGUGCCAACUUUUGGUAAAAGUGGAGCCCGAGUGUUGAACUCGGAGCAUGAAGUCAUUGUGACUGAAGAUGCACAAAGUGCCUCCAAUGAGAAGGAUUCCAGAUUCCAAGAUCAGACCAUAGAAUUGAUGCUGAGUAGCCCACCGGCACAGAAGGUAAUUUCAUCACUUGACUUGACUUGGGAUGCAAAUGAUAUGCUCAUUAGCCCAGAUAACUCUGUCUAUGUGUCAACACCAGUGCUGGAACACACAAAUGCAGGAUUUUGUGUUUCUCCUAUCACAGCAACAGAGAACUGUAAUAAAGCGGGAAAGAAUAUCCGUGAGCUUAAACAUUUACCAGACUUGAAGGAGACAACCAUGAAUAUAUCUAAAUGUAGUCUGGGAAGAUCAACAGCCAAAACAAAUAUGCCUAUAGGCAGCAAAUUUAGAAAGGCUGAAAUUAUAAGUUACCCAAGACCAAACUUCAAGAAUGUAAAAGCCAAAGUUGUAUCUAGAUCGGUGUUGCCUCCCAAGGACCCUGCUUUACCGAAGGGCACACUUAAGCCUCAGUUGACCAGUGGUUCAUCUCCCUCAUCAGGGUCUUCCUCAAAACCGUUGACAGUCCUGAACAAAGCCCCGAGAUCUGACUUGAGUACGAACACAAAAGCAGGAAUCCUAAUUAACAAGAUGCAUAAGCAGCAGUUUAAUAAGCUCAUUACUAGCCAGGCUGUGCAUGUCACAACUCAUUCUAAAAAUGCCUUGCACAAGGUUCCAAGAACAACAUCUGCUGUGAAAUCGAAUCAGGAAGAUGUUGACAGAGCAAGUUCUUCUAACCCAGCAUGUGGGACUGGGUCUGUGGCUGCUUUUCUCCAAAAGAUGCAAGGCAUGGAAAGUGCGGAAUGUCCGGAAGUGACGUAUGUUUCCCAUGUCGAACGGAUUAGCCCUGAAAAGAAGGGUGAAAAAGAAAAUGAGACACCUAAGGAGAAACAAGAGCUGAAAAAGGAAAUCCUGAAUAAGACUUUUGAAUAUGGCUCUCUGUUUUUGGGUUCUGCUUCAAAAUCUGCAACCCCCUCGGGGAGGAGCAUAUCCAAGCCAGACUCCUGCGGUUUGAGGAAAACACCUGGCCCCAAAUCCAAAGGGGGGCCUUCUGUUUCCUGCCUGAGGCGGAACAGCGAGGGCAGGAGCCUGGGUUCGGAGCGGGCCUUGUCCCCACAGAGGAUCAGGCGGGUGUCCGGUUCGGGAAAACCUACAUCCUCGAAGACGGCACAGCCCUCUUGGAUGAACUUGCCUAGGCCGCUCCCCAAAUCCAAAGCAUCGUUGAAGAGCUCAGCGUUGCGGAAGACGGGGAGCACCCAUUCGAUCGCCAGCUCCCACAGUGAGCUCAGCACAUACAGCAGUAACUCUGGGAAUGCUGCUGCCAUCAAGUAUGAGGAGAACCCUUCCAAGCCAGCAUUUCAGAAGACCUCCUCAGCAUCCUUGUACCUGAAGCCCUUGGUCCCCAGAGCUCAUGCGCACCUGCUGAAGACUCCGCCCAAAGGUCCAUCAAGGAAAAAUAUAUUUACAGCUUUUAAUGUGGUUGAAAAGAGCAGGCAAAAAAACUCCCGGAGUUUAUGCAUCCAGACACAGACAUCUCCAGAUGUGCUUUCCUCUGAAAGAACACUCGAAUUGGCACAAUAUAAAACAAAAUGCGAAAACCAAAGUGGAUUGAUCCUGCAGCUCAGGCAGCUUCUGUCCCGAGGCAAUGUCAAGUUGGAAGCCCUGACGGUUGUGAUCCAGCACUUCCUGUCUGAGCGAGAGGAAGCCCUGAAACAACACAAAACCCUAUCCCAAGAACUCGUGAACCUCCGGGGAGAGCUCGCUACCGCUUCAACCACUUGUGAGAAAUUAGAAAAAGCCAGGAGUGAGUUACAGGUGGCGUACGAGUCAUUCGUCCAGAAGCUCAAGCAGCAACACCAGACCGACCGGACGGAGCUAGAGGACCGGCUUAAGGAAUUCUACACCAAGGAGUGCGAGAAGCUGCAGAACAUUUACAUUGAGGAAGCUGAGAAGUAUAAGACUCAAUUGCAGGAGCAGUUUGACAACUUAAAUGCUGCCCACGAGAGCACUAAGUUGGAAAUUGAAGCCAACCACUUGGAGAAAGUGGAGUUGCUGAAGAAGGCCUAUGAAAGCUCCCUUUCAGAAAUUAAGCAGAGCCAUGAAUUGGAAAAGAAAUCGCUGGAAGAUUUGCUCACCGAGAAGCAGGAAUCUCUAGAGAAGCAAAUCAGUGACCUGAAGAAUGAAAAUAAUGCUUUAAACGAAAAGCUGAAAGCAGAAGAACAAAAAAGAAUCGCAAGGGAGAAGGCAAAUUCGAAAAGCCCUCAGCUCAUGUAUCUGGAGCAAGAGCUUGAAAGCCUGAAAGCUGUGCUAGAGAUCAAGAAUGAGAAGCUGCGUGAACAGGAUGUCAAGUUAAUGAAAAUGGAGAAGCUGGUGGACAACAACACAGCAUUGGUUGACAAACUGAAGCGCUUCCAGCAGGAGAAUGAGGAGCUGAAAGCACGCAUGAACAAGCACAUGGCCAUUUCCAGCUCUCCACAGAGCAGGCCGUCCUGCAGGAGUCGCUCGAGAAGGAGUCCAAAGUCAACAAGCGGCUCUCCAUGGAGAACGAGGAGCUGCUGUGGAAGCUGCAGAACGGAGACCUGUGCAGCCCUAAGAGGUCACCCACGUCCUCAGCCAUCCCCUUCCAGUCACCCAGGAAUUCAGGCUCUUUCCCCAGCCCCAGCGUGUCCCCCAGAUGACGCUUCUGGAAAGCAGCAGUGCCAUCUGGGAGCGUCUGGAGGCAGAUCUGCAGGACCCGAAAAAUGGACACGGGAGCAAGAGCUGCGUGAGCUCAUGGCACGUGACCCGUGACCGUGGGAUAGCUGGAAAGGCACCUCCCCCGGGAUCGGCUCUGGGGGAAACAGACUCGGCAGGAAGACUGCAGGCUCCCACCCAGUGACUGGUCCAGACAAGGUUUUGGAAUCGCCGUGGACAUUGUUGCACAAAGCACUUAGAGAAUGACAGAAUCUUGUUCAUUGCCUUUUCCACCUAAGCGUAAGGGGAAAAACUCUCAGGGGCUUAUUAUGAUAAAGAUUUAUAACCUUUAUAAUGUCCUUCACCACAGACACCUUCUUGUGAUUUCUACUUUGGUCUGACUGCAGGUGCAGGGAGCGUAUGCAUGAGAUGGAUGGAAGAGUGUUCUGUGUCUGACACAGCUGGCCUUGCUGUACAGUGAAGGCCAAGUCUGUCUGUAUGCACUCAUCCAGGAAUGGUCUUGUGUCCACAUUUCAGCCAAAGCCAUAGCGGAAAAAGCAAUAGUUGCUUGAAUGACAGUUGCUCAUCACCAACUUUGCUCAGCUCUUGGACAUGGCAGAAAGAGACAGAACAUGCCUGGCCCGUCAGUGUCUGUAGUUCUCUUUCUGGAGCAACUUGGUGGUUUUUCCCAUGUUCAGCCAUGUCUGUUGAAUCUAGCUAGACUUUUUUUUUUUUCUGAGAGGUUUUUCUUAUCCACAUGAACCUAAUACUAUAUGAUGACCCAUUUUCUCAGGCUAUGAGCAAAUGUAGAGCCCUAGUUCUUUUUUUAAAAAAAUCUGUAUAGAAAACAAGGGCAGUAUGAAUGAUUGUUGUACCUUGUUUUUUUACCCUGGUCUAAGCUAUCUUGACAGAUCUGAACUCGUCUUCUCUCCUAGUAUCCUCUCCUCCCUCUGCUUUUCCCUGCCUCAAAAGCAAACCUCCAACUUCCCACCUGCUUCUCUGGACUGAGGUUAAAGGAGUGUUUUCUCCAGAGCCAGCUCUUCAUCAAGGUGCUGACAUCAUUUCUCAAACACAUGGAGAUCUGAACCUGAUAACAUUUUGGAAAAUGAAGAAUGAGACGGUCACUGGCUUGUAGCAGACAGACAGAACUCGGCACUCGCGAAUGAGUCGAUGCACCUUGCUUCAGCCAGUGUUUGGGUCUCCUAAACAGUCGGGGAAAAGAUUUUUUUCAGGUACCCUCUGUCUUUGGGACGCGAGCAGAAUGGCAGCCACUGAGGGGAAUUUGUGGUUUUUACAACUCUUCACCAAGGUUCAUUUCAAUUUAUUUUCAAAACUUCACUUAUAACCUCCCCUAGUUCUAAGCCUUUCGGAGCACUGGAGGAGGACCCGUGGCUUCCCCUCCCUCUCCCUGCAUGUGACAUCAGUAUUUACUAAUCAGCAUACAAGUAACCCCUGUGGUAAAGCAGAUUGCGGUUACUACAGGGGGGUAUUUGACAUGAUUUCUAUGUAUGCUAUGUAGCAAAUGGAUAUCCACCAUGCUGUCUGAUUUUUAGUGAUUGUAUCUGCCGUCUUUAAGCUCCCAUAGUUUCUUUUGUAUGUUACCCUUCCUACUGCUGGUAAAUGAGAAUGUAGAUCUACUGCCCCCUCCUGGAAUAUCUCUGCUCAUGCACUCUAGUUCUCAAGGACUUUAGCCAAAGUUGGGUCAGCUGUUCUUCCCCUGCACUCGGUAAGUCUUGUGCUCUUCCCUGCUGUUCUUCAUCCCAUGUAAGUGUCU